CAUCCUUUGGAACAGUAAAUAUUUGCUGCAGGCUGCAAACCCUAACCUUCUGUCUUUGCCCCGAAUGAAGGGCCUUCUCAGGUGCCCGGGAGCCACUCACUGGGAGCCUCGCUGCUGAAGGGAAGUGCUCCCGUGGCCUCCACUGUUGCCCAGAUGAAGGCGGUACUGAGCCUCCUGCUGCCCUGCCUCCUGGCCCAGGUGUGGCUGGUGCCCAGCUCCACCCCUGGUCCCCGCCUACUGGAGGCCCAGACGGGGCAGGAGACUCUGCCGACCCCCAGGGCCCAGAGGGAGAGCAGCGAGGGAGCGUGGGCUCCAGGGGAGGAGGAGGAGUACUCCCAGCUGACGGCUGGGGGUCAGAAGCUCUCCAGGGAGACCUCCAACCUGGGGUUCAGCCUGCUGCGCAAGAUCGCCACCAGGCACGAUGGCAACGUGGUCUUCUCCCCGCUCGGCCUGUCCCAGGCCAUGGUGGCCUUGACCCUGGGGGCUGGGGACCAGAGCAGAGCCCAGCUGGAGAGCGGGCUCAGCCUGGGGGCCCCAAACCAGACCCAGGCCACAGACCUGCCCGCCCUCUUUAAGCAGCUUCGAGAGAGCCUCUCCCGCAACCCGGAGCUGGGCCUGGCCCAGGGGAGUUUUGCCUUCAUCCAUGAGGACUUUGACGUCAAAGAGACCUACCUCAAUAUCUCCAAGAGGUAUUUCGAUAUAGAGUGUGUGACUCUGAAUUUUCGCAAUGUCUCCCAGGCCAAAGGGCUCCUGAAUCAUUACAUUAACAAAGAGACUCGGGGGAAAAUUCCCAAACUCUUUGAUGACAUUAAUCCCGACACCAAAUUAAUUCUUGUGGAUUACAUCUUGCUCAAAGGGAAAUGGCUGACCCCUUUUGACCCUGUUCUCACCGAGAUGGAAACUUUCUACCUGGACAAGUACAAGGUCAUCAAGGUGCCCAUGAUGUACAGGGCUGGCAAGUUUGCCUCCACUUUUGAUAAGGAUUUUCGCUGCCACAUCCUCAAACUGCCCUACCGAGGAAAUGCCACCAUGCUGGUGGUCCUCAUGGAGAGGAUGGGUGACCACCUCGCCCUUGAAGACUACCUGACCACGGACCUGGUGGACACGUGGCUCAGAAAGAUGAAAACCAGAAGAAUGGAAGUUUUCCUUCCCAAGUUCAAGUUAGAUCAGAAGUAUGAGAUGCAUGAACUGCUGAAGCAGAUGGGAAUCAGCAGAGUCUUCUCACCCUGGGCUGAUCUGAGCGGACUCUCAGUUACCGCGAGAAAUCUUAAAGUAUCCAAGGUUUUACAAAGAGCGACGAUUGAGGUGGAUGAAGAAGGGACGGAGGCAGUGGCGGGGACCCUGGCAGAAAUCACUGCCUAUUCCAUGCCUCCCAUCAUCAAGGUGGACCGGCCAUUUCACUUCAUGAUCUACGAAGAAACCUCCAGAAUGCUGUUAUUUCUGGGCAGGGUGGUGAAUCCAACUCUGCUGUGACUUAUGACAUGAGUGAAGACUCAGAGCUACAGCCACUGCAGAACCUGAGGUGUGUGAAGCUACAUGGGACUUCGGCAUUGGGGGCCCCCCUUGUCCCCCAAUGCUAGUGUGAGCCGUUCUUAGAUAAAUCUGAGCAUUACACUCAAAAUUAUUUUACAGAGAUGUGUGUACUGUCUGUCUGGUAUUUUAAGCCUGUUUCUAAGAGUCUUUGUUACUGACUAAAGACUAUCCUGCUAGAGUAUCUUUACUUUUCUCUGUUACUGAUGUGUCUGGACUUAAAGAUACAUUGGAUGAGAGCUCUAUUUCAAGACGAAGUCUUUGGGAGGAAGACAAGUACACAUUCUCCAUGAGCUUCACUCUCUACUUCCCCCGGUGCAAAAUUAGUGCUUUAUUUUCACCUAUUAUAGAAUCAUUCCUUGCUAAAAUUAGAGGAGAAUAGCGGUGGUCAGUCCUGAUCACAGCAUCUGCCAUGAGGUGGCCUCGUUUACUCCAUGGAGCCAUUAACUGAGGCACAGAUCAUCCAGUUCAGUAUCUUCGUUUUACAAAGGAAGGAAAUCAAAACCAGAGACAGAGCCACAGUAUAGCCUUCAUGGGCUCCUUCAUCUGUUAAAACAUAUGUGCGUGUGUGUGUGUAUGUAUAAUGAAAAUUAUAUUUUGACUGUAUUGGUAUAUAAAGAUGAACAUAUUCUGGAUUAUGUCUGUCUUCUUACCAAUUCAGUCAAAAUGUGGAACAAACUUACUUGAAGUAAAAUAUCUUCUUGAGCCCCUAAAAGUAGCACCGUGCCUACAGCAUCUAAUGGAUAAAUCAAACAGGGCAUCUCAGAGGAAGGAAAAGGUCACCUCGUGUGGCAGUGGCAGAGCCAGAGGCCUGCCUCUCCCAGCUCCAGGCCCCAAGCCCAUUUCACCCUCCCUUCCUUCCGUCUAGAACAUCUGAUGGGGUCCAGUUCAACAGGCAGCCAGUACUCCACUCUCACUUACCCUCUGUGGUUGAAUAGUAUCAGCGUGGACUUUGUCCCAGGGUUAAAAGAAAAACCGAAACUUAGUCAUUUUCUGUUACAGAGAAAAGAAAAUGGUUCAGGAGUAAAUUCAGAGAACUGUGAAUCUUGGAAUAUCAACUAGGUUGAGUAAAUGCCUAACUGGAUUUCUGUCUGUUUGUUACCCAAUAUUUAAAUACGCCUAAAAUUAAUUUUUGAUUAGUUAUCUUAUUAAAAUCAAUCAGAAUCAUGUAACUAGUACUUAAUGUGAAUAGGUAAUAAUAUUAACUAACAGUCUAAAGACUGCUAGAGACUGACUUUUCAUCAUUCUAAUUCUAAACCUGGACAUUCAUUCAUUCCUGUAUUCCUUCUAAAUGUGUGAGCCGACUGACACUUGGUAAGGGCCAGGCAACUCCAGGGCCUAGAAAGAGAAACAAAAGUAGAGGACUAACUUCAGUUGACAUUCUUAAGUGACUUGUUAGUGUUUAAUCAAUCAGGUUCAUUUGUGGGAAAAUAGUAGAAAGAGAAAUAAAAGAGGGUUCGCAUUACCCAUUUUUAAGAGAUGAAAUCUAGAAAAGAAAGCCCAUGAGAACAUAAUACCCUCUGAAAUAAAUAUGGCCAAACCCAGUUAUAAAAAGGUCCACUAUUAUCGAAGGAUUCAUAGAUCAUACAGAUCAAACACUAUAUGCACAAAACAAAAAGGGCGUAACAGUGACAAUGAACACAUGACUCUUUAAGGCAGAAAUGACCCUAUUCUCAAUUAAAAAAUUAACAUUUCCCCACAUAUACUUGAAGAAGCUCCAAGGACACUAGGUUUUAGAUUUUCCAAGUACAUAUUAUGGUGAAAAAGUGCAGACCAAUGAAAAAUGUAAUUCCUCUUACCAAAAAAAUUCAAGGUUUCAAACCUGGGCAGGGAAAAACUCUGAAGACUGUUAACAAUGCUUCAACUAUAUUUAAAUAUCAGGUUUAAAAACUGUUCCUACACAGACAGACAGACAGACACACACCCUCUCACACACAUGCUAUAACAACUGAGAACAGGUUACUGGAUUAAUCUAAUUCAUUUUCUCUUCACUGUAAAACCCCUACUCAAGCUCAUUUCAAUUCAAAUAUUUCACAUGUGCCCAGGAACUGCAGUCUGGACCCCGUCUUCCACAAUAAGGUGUCUAAGCUAAAGAAAUCAAAUAAUGGAAAUGAUUUUUAAAUGUGUAUGAAUGAGGUUAUGGAAGAAAAGCUCUAGAAGCUUUUAUUAAGGAAAAUCCUUUUUUAGCCUUCUCCAUUUCUGCCUGUUCUACGGCCUGAUUUUUUUUUUUUUUUUUUGCUUAUUAUGCUAACUAGUGAAAUUCUAGAACCGCUCUUUAAACAGAUGGAGAUGUCCCUAUUUCCCCGCAGCUACAGAUGGAGGGAGAUGUUUCUUUGUUGGACAGCUGGUUUAAAGGAACUAUUUGAUAGGUUGUCAAACUGAGAACUUUUACAAGAGUGUCAGUCUUGCUUGCGGUGUAAACAGGUAUGUGCAGAUAUUCAUAAUUGUCACUUCUGUGCUCUAGGCUGGAAAUUGACACAACAUUGUAAACUGACUAUAACGCAAUUUAAAAAUUUUUUUACAAUAAUAAUAACUGUCACCAAUUUGUUUUUCACUGUUUUUAUACGUCUGUCCUUGGAAGUAAAAUUUUAACAAAUAUUUCAACAAUUUUAGAAAUUAUCAUGUUCUAUAGGAAAAAAAUAAAACUUCUGAACAUAACUUUGACUGUCUUAACCGAUGAUUUAGUGCCUAGGAAUAAGACUGCAGCUGACUUCUGCAGCUUCCUGAACUUUAUAAGCAGUAGUGACUUUUCUCCAUCAAAUCGCUUUCCUCUUCUCCCGCAUGCAUGACAGGAAAUAAAGAGUCCCUAACUCUGCUUAAUUUAUACUAUUAAACAAAUAAACCGAAA